GAAGAGGAGGGUGAGAAUUCGGACGAGGAAGAUGUCUGGCAGGGGGGGGAGCCCCGGCUGUCCGCGGUUGCAGUGACGGGGAGCUGCAGGAGCUCUAUCAGCACAGACAGUCGAAGGAGCAGAGACUCUGAGGAGGAAGAGGAGGAGAGAGAGAACGAGGAAGGGGCCCCUCAGACGAGUGUGACGCCUGACCCCAAAACUAAAGAAACAGAUUUGGACUGGGUCGCAGAUUUCUCCUCCUUGUCUCUUUCCUCGGCUCGGUCGAUGGUGGACCCGGGUUCGAGCAUGUGGGAGAGCUCUGGGCAGCCAGCAGGGGGUGACGGAGAGAGUUGGGGUGACUUCUCGAACACGCGUCCCAGAAUCCCACGCAGCUGCCAGGAAGUCUCCAUGGAAACAAGCCCCUCCCCUCAGACAGCCAUGACAUUUCAACACUCUUCUAAGCAAACCACUGAAGUCCUCCUCGCCGCCCCUCCCAGCUCUCUACCGCCCCCUGCCUCUGUGGAGGCCAAAUACACCCCCUUGCAAGCAGAAUCCAAUUCCCCUACAGCGCCCCCUGUGGCCAAGGAGGGGAAACGCACCUCUGAUAUAGAAUCUGAUUCCCCUUCAUCUCCCCCUACAGUCAAGGAGGGUAAACGCACCUCUGAUAUAGAAUCUAAUUCCCCUUCAGCUCCCCCUACAGUCAAGGAGGGUAAACGCACCUCUGAUAUAGAAUCUAAUUCCCCUUCAGCUCCCCCUACAGUCAAGGAGGGUAAACGCACCUCUGAUAUAGAAUCCAAUUCCCCUACAGCGCCCCCUGUGGCCAAGGAGGGGAAACGCACCUCUGAUAUAGAAUCUAAUUCCCCUUCAGCUCCCCCUACAGUCAAGGAGGGUAAACGCACCUCUGAUAUAGAAUCUAAUUCCCCUUCAGCUCCCCCUACAGUCAAGGAGGGUAAACGCACCUCUGAUAUAGAAUCUAAUUCCCUUUCAGCUCCCCCUACAGUCAAGGAGGGUAAAUGCACCUCUGAUAUAGAAUCAAAUUCCUCUGCAUCGCCCCCUGUGGCCAAGGAGGGGAAAUGCAGCCCCGCAAAACCAGAAUUGAAUGCUGAACCAGUAGUUAAAUUAAACCCAGGGAGUACAGAACCCUGCACAGCUCCCCCUAGGGCCAAGGAGGGCAAACGCAGCCCCGAACCCGACCCCGAGGCGCAGUCUGGCUCGUCCGCUGGCGAGGAGGGCAACCGCGGCCCCGACAAAGCCGGCCGGAGCGGAGGGAGGACGGAGGCCUCGCUGGGAGCCAGUCGGAGCCCCAAGAAAACGAAACACACGCCCACAGCGCCCCCCGUCUCCACGGAAGGGAAGUGCGGCGGCAGCCCUGGGAGAGCGCCCCCUGGUGGGGAGAGGGAGGAGGGGCGGGCAGCCGCUCUGCCCAAUGGGGAGAGAGGGGUGGGGUCCUCCCAGAGUCUUCCCAGCAUGCAGCACUGCAGCAGUCCUUCAGGAACUUCAGCAGCUACCUCAGAUAAUCUGGCCGUCACUCAAGCAGUUCAGGACCGCCCCCCAGCUGACAUCACAGAGAAAGCCACACCCACUGAGGAGAAACCAGCGUCGCACAGUGAUUCGGGGUUCAACACCCUAGAAAAAUCACAAGAAAACUUGAAAAAAAAAUAAUGAAGUUAUCAACAGCAGAAUUCAAGAUCUCUCUCCUCCUCUCUCUCUCUCCUCUCCUUUCUCUCCUCUCCGCUCUCUCUCUCCCCCCUCCUCCUUUCAUUCCACGAGUCACGACGCAGGAAGAAGGGAACGAAAAGCAGGGGGAGGAAGACGAAGAGGAGGAAGUAGAGAGAGGAUGAAAGGAAAGCAGUGAAUUCUGAUCUGUGUAAUAAAAGCACUUGUCCUGAAAUCAGUUUUAAAACAAAAAAAAUAUAUAUACAUAAAUAUUAUUUUUCUGUCUCCUUUUUUGAUUCUGGUUUCCUUUUGUUCUGUUAAAAAAAAAAUAUUAAACAUUUAGAAAGAUGA